CAGGGUUAGAUUGAUCCAUUGCUCUACUGAUGCUUUUGGCCACGAGAAUUAUGGUACGUCUUUUGAGCUGUCGAUUUAACCGUAACUUCAAAUGAACGGCGAUGAGAGUUUAACCUAUGCAGGGAUACAUCAGAAGGAAAUGGAGGGUUCUGAGCCUGCAGAGAGCUCUGACUGUGGACGUGGAAGGAGCUGUUGGACGGCCUGUGCCAGGCUGCGCAGCUACGAGCUGAAGGGCGUCUUCACGUGGCGUCUACUGAAGACCAUCGCCAUGGGCCAGGCCCUGUCCAUGCUGAUUUGCGGCACGGCAGUCAGCUGCCAGUACCUGGCGGAAGCGGGUGUGGAGACGCCCAUGCUCCAGAGCUUCCUCAACUACGUCCUGCUGCUGCUCACCUACACUGCCUCGCUCAGCCUCAGAAAAGGUGAUGGGAAUAUAUUACAGAUUUUAAAAACAAAAUGGUGGCGGUAUUUACUGAUGGGACUGACGGACGUGGAGGCAAACUACACAGUGGUGAAGGCAUACCAGUUUACAACGUUGACCAGCAUACAGCUGCUGGACUGCUUUGUGAUCCCGGUGCUGAUGGUGCUCUCCUGGUUCUUCCUGAAGACGCGCUACCGCCUGGUGCACUUUGUGGCUGUUGCCGUUUGUCUGCUGGGGGUGGGUGCCAUGGUGGGGGCUGACCUACUGGCUGGGAGAAACCAGGGAUCCACCAGUGAUGUGUUGCUGGGGGAUGGUCUGGUGCUGGUGAGUGCUGCACUGUAUGCGGUGUCUAAUGUUUGUCAGGAGUACACGGUGAAGAACCUGAGCCGCGGGGAGUUCCUGGGUAUGAUGGGCCUGUUCGGCACCCUGAUCAGCGGCAUACAGCUAGCCAUAUUGGAAACCAGUGCAGUAGCAGCUAUUAAAUGGAACUGGAAAAUUAUCGUACUGUUUGCGGCCUACACGUUCUGCAUGUAUGCCCUGUACAGUUUCAUGCCCCUGGUGGUCAAGAUGACCAGCGCCACGGCGGUCAACCUCUCCCUGCUCACCGCUGACCUCUUCAGCCUCUUCUGUGGCAUCUUCCUUUUCCACUUUGUCUUCUCAGGCCUGUACAUUGUGUCGUUCGUGGUGAUCACUGUGGGCUUUGUCAUGUUCAAUGCCGUGCCCACCUACGCGCCCGUGCCCGAGUCGGACUCCGCUGGCGAGGAGUUUGACGACCCUGCUGCCUUUGUUGAGGGAGAAAAAGACCACCAGAAAGGAGAGACCACCACAGACCUGCUCCAAGAGGGAGUAGAGUGGAGGGGGACAGAAGAGGGGAUGGAGACAAGCAACAGGCGUUGUGCAGUGACAUACGUUACAGAGGAACACAGCACGAAGAUGUAGCCCACUGGACUAGGUUUAAGUUAUUCUUUCAACAACUGUACAUAAAUGGUUGGGUUCUCUGUAGUUGGGUAGGUGUAUAGAAGCCUAGGUGCUGCCAAGUACCCUGGUGCACCAGACUACAUGGUACAAAGCAAGCUACCAGCUACUGUGUACCCAACAAUAUGGCUCAUUAGAUUGCUUUAUUAGGCAAGCUACCAUACAACCUCAAUAUUUUUCUGCUGUUGGGUUGACAUUGGUUAAAUUUUUUUAUUUUAUUAUAUUUUAUCAAAGACAUACAUUGUGUUCUGCCUCCUUUUUAAACUAAUCAGUGUAUGGUGUGUUGAUUACUAUAUUUCUCCCCCCAUGAAGACAAUGUAUUUGUGCAAAGCACAUUCAAAAAGACAGUUCCUCCAAACAGCAUUUAUUUGUGCGAUUCCAGGCUGCUAUAGCCUACUAAUACAUAGUUGUCACACUGUCUUUUUUGUUAUUUCGUUACAGCAGGUCUUCUGAAAAGUGCUUAUAGGUAAAGGAAACAUUUGUGUCUUCUAAAAAUAUGACUUUGCAGAAGUGUUUUUUUAUAUAUUGAUGAUAAUAAAGUUGUAUAUUCUCUUGUUUCUGGUUA